AUGUUAGAUCCAACUGUUCGGCCAGGCAUCCGCAAGAAAGCCUCCCUCAGAAUGGGCCGCAAAACAGUCCGCCUCAACAUCGGCCAAGCGGAAGAGCUAUUCACGCUCCACGAGGAACUCAUCUGCGAGUCACCCUUCUUCCGCACCAUCCUGCAGCCCCAGCGCAAGGUCGUGGAAGGCGACUGCCCUGUCUGCCACGAGGCCCUCGACGCUACGAGAAUGGAGUUGACGUAUUGUUCCACGUCAUGCGGGGGUAACUUCCAUCGCGCUUGUAUUGACGAUUGGAUCGCAUGUGCAGCGCAAGGCAAACUCGCUACUGCAUGUCCACUGUGCAGACAACCCUGGGCAGACGACGAUUCGAACAGCGACACCCACCGACUGCCCACUCUCGAUGCGGAUGCGUUCGAUGUCUUUCUCACGUGGCUGUACGCUGGCUCUUUACCACCAGAUCUGCAGUCCCGAGCGUUGAUCAACGCCCACGUUCUCGGCGAGCAUGUCAGUGCUCCAGAGUUCUGCACCAGCGUGGUGUCCGCGCUGAUCGGUAAAUGCGUCAAAGACGGCGCUGUCCCGCAUACGAGCCAUGUGUGGACUGCAUACACCGGCACGUCGCGCGGCUCUAUGUUGCGGAAAGCGAUGGUGGUGCUAUAUCUGAAUCUGAGCGCGGACAAGUUUCUGGAUGUCCUUGACGAUGAAUGUCGUCUCCUGCCAGAUUUCAAGUGGGAUCUUCUCCGCGCACUCGCGGCGAAACGCGAUGAUGCUGUGGUGGGCUGGGAUGAGGAUGCUUUGAAAGCUGAGGUGCUCUCCUAG